GAGCUUCCCCGCGGCUCCGGAGGCGCUCCGCGCAGUCGCCGGGGACUGGACCAGGGCGCGGCGGGCUGCGCGCGAGCUGGCGGCGCCCGGGACUGCGGGAGGCACUGCGCCCUCCCUUGUUCCCCGGCCAGGUCUGGGGGAUCGAAUCGUGCCCGCGCCGCCCCUGACCCACGCCACCUUCCUCCGGUUUCUGCCGGCCGCGGGCUUCGGCGGCCCGAUGCUGCAGGAGCCGCGGCAGAGGCAGCAGCCGGCUUGGAGAGAACGUCGGCGGCAGGCGGAGCUCAGGGGGCUCCAGCCGCGAAACCCGGCAGGCUCCUGCGGUCUUCGCGCCUGGGCCUCAGCGGUACUUGCCAAAGAAGAGGCAGCACAACCUUUGUCUUGGAUAAUUUGUAGUGCUACAAGAAUUUAGUAGACAGCCUGCCGAAACUCCGGCACACUUACCACCGUCUGCAUCGUCAGCAACAGAGGGCCCUUGGGAAACAGAUUUCUUAAAAGUGCAGGUGGGCCAGCCAUGAGAGGGUACCUCGUGGCCAUAUUCCUGAGUGCUGUCUUCCUCUAUUAUGUGCUGCAUUGUAUAUUGUGGGGAACAAAUGUCUAUGGGGUGCCUCCUGUGGAAAUGAAACGAAGAAAUAAGGUCCAGACUUGCUCGUCAAAGCCAGCUUUUGCAUCUCUCCUGAGGUUUCAUCAGUUCCAUCCUUUUCUUUGUGCUGCUGAUUUUAAAAAGCUUGCUUCCUUCUAUGGUAGCGAUAAGUUUGAUUUGCCCUAUGGGAUAAGAACAUCAGCGGAAGAUUUUCAACGUGCUCUUUCAAAGCUGCAGAGCUGUGACCUCUUCGAUGAGUUUGACAAUGUGCCAUGUAAAAAGUGCGUGGUGGUUGGCAAUGGAGGAGUUUUGAAGAAUAAGACCUUAGGAGAAAAAAUUGACUCCUAUGAUGUAAUAAUAAGAAUGAAUAAUGGUCCUGUUUUAGGACAUGAAGAGGAAGUUGGGAGAAGGACAACCUUCAGACUUUUUUAUCCAGAAUCUGUUUUUUCAGAUCCUAAACACAACGAUCCUAAUUCUACAGUGAUUCUCACUGCUUUUAAGCCCCAUGAUUUAAAGUGGCUGCAGGAAUUGCUGACCGGUGGCAAAAUAAACACUAAUGGUUUUUGGAAGAAGCCAGCCUUAAACCUCAUCUAUAAACCAUAUCAAAUCAGAAUAUUAGACCCUUUCAUUAUCAGAAUGGCAGCUUAUGAACUGCUUAAUUUUCCAAAAGUGUUUCCCAAAAAUCAGAAACCCAAACACCCAACAACAGGAAUUAUUGCCAUCACAUUGGCAUUUCAUAUAUGUCAUGAAGUUCACCUUGCUGGUUUUAAAUACAACUUUUCUGACCUCAAGAGUCCUUUGCACUACUAUGGGAAUGCCACCAUGUCUUUGAUGAGUAAGAAUGCAUAUCACAAUGUGACUGCCGAGCAGCUCUUUUUGAAGGACAUUACAAAAAAGAACUUUGUAAUCAAUUUGAUUCAAGAUUGACCCUACAGAGAAGAUAAUGCUAACAGUAUAGUUUUAUUUUUAUACUGCAAUUUUUAGUUUAUUUUUAAAAGUAUGUACUUGUCAAGGAAUGAUGUACAGGGUCCAGCAGAAGUAAGGCCGGCUGCAGUGUGGUUGCUAGGGUAAUAAUAUCGGUGUAAUAAUUUAUAGUUUUAAUUUGAACAUUUCACCUGCAAUGUCAUGUGGUGUGCUUGAGUGUUAUGGUACAGAAGUACAUACUUGUGAUUUUGUAAUAAAAGUUUUGUAAUAAAAAAGGGGCUUAUUUGUGCUGGACCCUGUAUAUUAAGCUUGUUGCUGCCUGGUGAUUCAUAACCACCAGUUUAAUUUCUAUGACUGUAUUUAAUUUAUGAAAACCAAGAGAUAUUAAGAUAUCAGGGAAAUAAGUUGUAAUUGCAUUUUUAAAAAAAUAAGCUAGUUUUCUGAGGUGUUUUUAAACAUCUUUUUAGUUACUUCACCUUGAACUUUUGAAGGAAUAUGAUUUCCUAAUAAGUAAGGGAAUUUAAAUUCACUGCAACAAACUUCAGUACAAGAUGACAUAUUUGGCUACUAUAAAUUGGGGGGAAGUGGCAUGUGGUUGUGCCUUGAUAUGGCAAACCAGAAGCACUUCAGGUCUGUAUCUGGAUGGCUCUUCAGUUUCUUUUUAUUUAAGGAACCUGAUUUGAAUUUUAAACCAGCUCUGAAUACAGCAGCAUGGAAGGUAAUGGAAGUUGAAGGAUCAUAGUGAUAUAUUUGUCCUGCAAUUAAGUAAACCAUGGUUAUAAUGAAUAAUUAGGUAGAACAAAGAUGGUAUUUUUUUGUUUUUAAGUAGAAGGAAGUAUGCUAAACAUGAAAUUCUACAUAAGUAACCAAAGAAUGCAGUUAUUAAAGUCUUGUGACUGCAUUAUUUCAAAGAAAUAAAGUUUAUAUAAAGAAGUUAGACACGCUCAAGGAGAAAAUUCUUAAACUUUGUGUGUUGCCUGGUUUAAUUCAUUAAAUUUAAAAGUUUACUAUUUGAAGUAAAUUAGAAAGAUGAAAAAGGCACAAGUAAGGAACUCCUUAAGGAGAGUCAAGGUAUUUUUAUGUCUCAUCUUCAAAUGGAAAGCUUCCCUGGCUACUUAGGGUUCCCCAGAGGAGGGUCCUAUAGGCUGCAAACAAGCCAGUCCUACAAAUGCGGUGAGCUGGUCUCCCUUCCCAUUGUAAUCAGUAUGACUAAAGCUAUGGUGAGGGCGGAGUGGGGAUAAGUGGUGAAGGAGAAAGGGAGAGAACAGAAGUUAUAAGAAUGAUGGAAUUAAAAGCCACCAGAAGAGAUAGGAGUUGAACGAAUUAGUAUCUUUUGAAUAACUAUCAUUAGAAGACAUCGAUGUUACUGAAAACCAACUUGCCUCUCUAAAGAAAGUGUAUAAAGGGUGAAAUAUUAGACCAGAAACAGGAAUAAAUGAAGCACUUACAAAGCAGGGUAAGGGGAGAAAACUAGGUGAUUUAACCCAGAUCUAGACAUUAAAUAUGGAUGCUGUUCUGUUAAUUGCAUACUUUGCACAAUACCAGUUUCAUGUAAUUCUUCUAAUAACUUUGAGGUGGAAAAGGCAGGUACUAGACUGGAGUCCACAUGCUCAGGGUGACCUUUUCCUCCUAUCACACGGCCUGAGGCUGUAGCUUGGCUGUUGAAGUUCAGCCUGAUGUGAAGUAAUUUCGGCUUCAACAAGGAUACUGCUGGCUACAGACAAAGUCAAAAACCAAUGGUGGCAUUUCUAAAGGUUACUGUAUGUACUAUAAUAUUGGCCAUAAAAUUUUCUGACUGAUGUUAAAAUUGAGGAAUCUGGCAUUUUGUGUAGUAUAAGGGUGGGGUACAAACCUCAAGGUGGUUUUAGUUAAGCCCCCCCCCCCCCAAAAAAACUGAGCAAGACACAUAUAUACAAUUUAUUAAAACAUGAACACAUUAAAAUUUCACUGUUUAUACAAUCUAAAUUCUAGCAACAUAUACAAAUACUGAGUGACUACAGUACAUGCCGAGGUAAGAAAAGUACAUUCUGGGAGAAUAUCACUGACACUCAAGCCAUUUUUAUUUCUAAUAUGUAUUUCAAUGUGUGUUUUGUUUCCACCCUUCCUAGUGCCAAAAGAGAAAAAGAGAGAGAGAGAGAGAGAGAGAGAGAGAGAGAUGAAGAAACUAUUCACAAGUUGGAUUAAAUGAGAAUUGGUGGCACAUAUGAACUAAAAAGUAUUUUAAUAACAAUCCAACUCUUAUUUAGAUUUUGCAGUUUACGGACUUCAAGUUCAGAGCUGAAAGGCAGAGCUAAUAGGUAACUUUCAGGUAAAGCUUCAUUGAUAUCUCUUAAAAAAGUCUGAAAAGCAUAAUCUCUUCGUUCUCUCUAAUCGUACCAUCUGACAUGGUGUUGCUGUAGCCCUUUAGCUCUCCAGGUGACAAUGUGGAGCCAAGGCAGUAAGUUCAAGCUUUAUCACUUGCCAUGGAUUAUAGCCACAUUCAUAUUUAGAUGAGCUCAUUUUCUGCCCCUUCCCCUGCUGGGGGAAGGGCAAGUGUACAUACAACCUCAUAUUUUCAAUUACUGUGUAAUUUCUCUACUAGAACCAUUUCAUCAGCGAACUAAACCCAUUGUUCAAUGCAAAGUGCAAACAGUGAAACGUGAACUUAAAUAACUGGAGUAGACCCUGCAUACAAGAGGAUCUAUUUGGAUUUACAGCUUUAAUAAAAUAUAAAUCAGCAUUCACAAUAUCUUAUCUUUAACUGUGCUGGUUCCUAAGAUCAAGUAACAGUGAAGUCAGUGUUAUUUUAUGAAACAUGUAAUGGCCACACUUGUUGCACCAUUGUCUGAUUCUAUUUUUAUAAUUGUAUUAACAGGAAAACAUUUAAUUCAAUAAACCACAGUGACUUAAGUCUUUUACAUGUUUCAAGCAAAGAAUAAAAAUUCAAGAAAAUUUUGUAAAAAA